UACACUAAUAAUCAGGGCAUUGAUGAUCAGUGUACAUGUCCCCUUGAGAAAUGCCGCUUACUGGCUCUCCUCUCCUCACACGCUGUCAGCUGAUCACAAUAGAGCCUAUGUCAUCAGUUCUUUACUGCGAUCGGUGAUCCGCUCUGUCCCAGGAACACAACGUGCCACCGUUCAUUGGGCUCCCACAGGGGCCCCUAUCAGUGUCACUGAUCAUCGGUGCCCCGAUUAUCAGUGCAGCCCCAUUGGGGCUGCCUAUCAGUGCCCAUCUGUGCCGCCUAUUAGUGCCUCCUCAUCAAUGCCCAUUAGUGUCACCUCAUCAGUGCAGCCUCAUCAAUGCACAUCAAUGGAGAAAAAU